AUGGAUAGCGAUCAAGAAGAGGUGGACGACCGAACACCGUUGAUGAAGCCACCAUCUGGCCGUAUGCCGAAGUCUCCGGGCUAUGGAACGGAUUCCGUGUCGAGCCCAUUCAAUUUCCAUCAGCGUCGCAAAUCGGCUCGGUCGGAUUCCUCUCGAUGCUCGCCGCGCGAAGCUCCAAGCCAUGACAUCAACAACCCCCCGUCAAUGCCGUCGACGCCCAAGCUGGGCCCGGAGAUGGGUUACAACGAUGCCGUAAUGACCGGGGCGGAGUUUGACUUCGGCAUUGGCAGAUCCCCGGAUGAUCGAUUCGCUACGUCCCAUCCGCGCGAUAUGGUGAUUGAUGUAGACGGUAACGGCCAACGGUCUAGAAGUACGCCUGGGUCCACCGCUGUAUCGCCGCAUCGUACACCGCAGGAAACACUUCUCCGACGUCGGACUGUACCAGCAGAAGAGGACGUCUGCUUCCCGCAAGAAGAUGCCUCGGAGGUAGCGGAGGAAUGCGCACCCGCGUUAUCGCGCGGAGAUGGACGACGCAGGCGUCGUGCUAAAGAGUGGCCGGACUUGUCCGUCUUGGAGGAUUGGAGCCGCGAAGAGAAGGAAGAACGGACAGGAGUGUUCCGUACGAAGAAGAUCAGCGAGCCCAUGCUGAUUGAGGGCCGUCUUCGCCCGCAGUUCCGAGCCUGGCGACGUGAAGAGGAUGAAGCCCCGUAUCGCUUCACCUACUUCAAUGAAGAAUUUCAAAGCACUAUUCAUGCACAGACGAUUCCAGAGCUGGUUCAGCCGGGAGGUAGCUUUCGCGAACUCUUCAUUCCCGAUCCACCAGAGCUCGAGGAUUCCUCCGACGGAGAAGACUCGGAUUCAGAGGAACAUCGACAUAGCGACCACCCAACGCCAAGUACCCGUACUGCGAACCCUAGCCCGAGUACCAGGACGGAUUCACAUCCCAACAAUCACGAUUCAAAUCACCAAUCAGAAGCUAGAACGCACCUUCGUACUUCUGUUAUUAGCGAAGCUGUAUCGGAGGGACGUGCCACGAGUGAAUUUCCCAGAGAGCACACUCAAACCGCCCCAAAACCAAAGCGAUAUGGACCUAGACCCACGUUCUGGCUAGAUGUCCUGUGCCCCACUGAUGCCGAGAUGCGGGUGAUCUCCAAAGCUUUUGGUAUCCAUGCUUUAACAGCUGAGGAUAUCAUGAUGCAGGAGGCGCGUGAGAAGGUUGAGCUAUUUCGAAACUACUACUUUUUGAAUUAUCGUACUUUUGAGCAGGACCCAAACAGCGAAAACUACCUGGAGCCGGUGAACAUGUACGUUGUCGUCUUCCGCGAGGGCAUCCUGUCCUUCCACUUCUCACAGACACCUCACCCGGCCAACGUCCGCCGUCGCAUCCGCCAGCUGAUGGACUACUUGAUUCUGAGCUCUGACUGGAUUUCCUAUGCACUCAUUGAUGACAUCACCGACGUGUUCGGGCCUCUCAUACAGUCGAUCGAAGACGAAGUCGAUGAUAUUGACGAAAUGAUUAUGCGUAUGCAUUCUGCCCAGAGCCCAGUGAGUUCAAGUCCGAAAGAGGAGCAGGAAGAGAUGAUACCAGGCCCCGGCGAGAUGCUGCGGCGUGUUGGUGUAUGCCGCAAGAAGGUUAUGGGGUUGUAUCGACUUUUGAGUAACAAGGCGGACGUCGUCAAGGGCUUCGCCAAAAGAUGCAACGAGCACUGGGAGGUGGCGCCCAAGUCGGAGAUCGGCCUGUAUCUGGGCGACAUCCAAGACCACAUCAUGACCAUGACCAGCAGUUUAACUUACUACGAAACGCUUCUGUCACGCGCGCAUAGCAAUUACUUAGCGCAGAUCAACAUCCACAUGAACGAACGACAAGAGCAAACUGCAGAUGUGUUGGGCAAGCUGACCGUGCUUGGAACUAUCGUGCUUCCCCUCAACAUCAUCUGCGUUACGGGUGGCUUGGUUAUCUUCGCCUUCGCGUCGUUCCUGAUCGCGAAGCGGGUGUACAAUAUCGUUUAA